CCCCAUACCAUUCAUCCAUCCGCCAAGCCCGAAGCUUGGAUGCAGCGAGGAAGGGUGUUUACACGCGGUUGUAGCGGGCCGGGUAGCAGUUGGUUCGAGGUCGGGUUCGGUGGACAAGCCAGCCAAGCAGCGCCCGAGGAGGCGGCCAUCAUCGACCGGAUGAACCGGGCGAUGGAGCAGCAGCAGCGCCGAUUCGAAAUGGAGGAUAAGGAAAAGAUCAAAGCGGCCGAUGCAAGGAUGGAUGCCAAUGCGUGGUUAGAGCACGUCGGGUGGGCGACGCAUUUGGAAGGAUUCGACCCGGAAGCCAUGCUGCGGUUAACCGAUCCGGACAGUUUAAUGCGAGUGAUGAGCCGGGCCCGCGCCAUAGCCACGCCGGCGCAGGUUGGCAGCCAGGCAUUAUUCGAGGCGCAGCGGAAAGAAGUGGAUAAGAAGCCAAGGCGGCCAUUUGAUAACCGAAUGGAGGACGACACGUGGGCGCGUUACACGGCCGUAUGGACCAAGUUGACCGUGAUGGCAUUAUUGGACCACCGUUUAGCAGCCGGGGAGUAUCGCAGCGCCAUUAUCAGCGGAUUAGCGGUGAUGGGUAUCCGGAAGGAUGGUGGUUGGAUGGAUGUGUUGGAUUACACGCCGAUAUAUUCCGCCGUCAUCAAGAUCGCCCGUGCCUAG